AUGACCAGGCUAAGGUUAAACUUGCUCGGAAUAUUGGGAAUGCAAGCUGUGGUGGUGACAACAGUGGCGCCGCGAUGUUUGGAAGAAGCAACUCAUGUAGUCCACUUGAAGGGCUUUGGCUGUGGCCGCUUCCCAGAAGAUGGGCGUGGCUGUUGUGAUCUUUGGCUGGUGGAGAUGCUGGCAGCUGCUUGUGGUACCUCUGGUGUCAUUGCUUGGGAUGGCGAUGAGUUCGGGGAGGACAGCUUCACCCGCAUUCUUGACAAGGCCUUGUCAAGCCGCUCCAUUCCAGCUGUGGCCUUCUAUUGGCGGAGCCUAAAGGACUCAUUCCUCGAAUCUUGGCAACCUCGAGCAGAAAGAUACUCUGGCGGGCUUCAUUUGGUGCUUCUUGAAGAGAACAAGACCUGUGGAAGCCCACGGAGUGAUGCAAGUUGGGUGCAACUUGGCAUCGCUGCUUUGCGCUUCACCAGGGCAAAGCAAGUGUUGUCGCUGGGCGGUGGAGGUGUUGUUGCCGAGGAGGCUGCUAUUUGUGCUAAGGACGAGCAAUUGAACCAGGUGCAUUGGCGCCUCAUUUUGCUUUCCAGGUCCGGCUCGACCAUCCACGAAGUUGACUAUGGUAGCUUAUAUGCACGUUUCCGUGCAGAGAAGUGGUCCAACUUUGAGUGCCUUGAGGUUCCGGCCUUCUUGGUUUGGGUUGCUGCCAAUAGGCUUUACUCUGGCUUUGCAUUGCUUGCAAAGCCCAACUCAUUUGGUCGGGAAAGUGUCGAGACAGGUCGCCCGCUCGGCCGCACAGCAACGCAUGCAUCAUCAGCCAGAGCCAUCGCUCAGGGAGGCAACCUUCUUGAAGGCGAGCGCUUCGUUGCAAUGAAUCGCUUCCGAGUCAAGGAUGGCCUUGAGGAGCAAUUUGAGCAGCGCUGGGGCAACGACCGCUCGAUAUCUAGUUUGCAAGGCUUGCGUUGGUUCUGUCUGCUGCGGCGUGUGUCAAGCACACCCAAGUCCACAGGGGCGCUCAGUGUUGUGUUUGACUCUGAUGAUGAGCAAUUCGAAGAUGACUAUACGUAUGUGUCAUUGGGCGUGUGGGAGAACCAGGAAGCAUUCAGUGGUGCUGGUGGAAUGUUGCAGGAAGCUGGUGAAGAUAGCGCCAGCUUUGCAAGUAUGGCCUUCAAAGGUGUUGUGACUACAAGCGGAGCACCAAAGCCCGCUCUGUGGGAUGGAAUGCUGUUAGAGAAAGCCAAGGCCAUGCAAAAUAGCAAGGCUGCACCAUUCAUAGUGAUGAACCGCUUUGUUGUGAAAGCUGGUUCCGAAGUGGAAUUCGAAGAACGCUGGGCCAAUCGAGAAAGCAAACUCCUGGAGGCUGACGGUUUCCAAUUCUUCCAGCUUCUUCGGAGAGUCAAGACUCCUGAUGAUGAUGUGAACUACAUCAGCAUGAGCGCCUGGGCUGAUCGUGGCGCUUUUGAUAAAUGGUGGGAAGGCAAAAGCUUUGCCAACAUGGCUCAAGUUCAGGGGAACUUGUUGGAGGGCGAGAUUGUACGGUACUUCUAUGAGGGAGUGUUUCUUUGCCUCAUUUUGCCUCUACAUUGUACUGGGUAA